AUGAUGAACACCGCCAUAUUACUCAAAGCGCUGCUUGUCACAGCUACCACUGUGUCUGCUACCGCUCCUUUGACAGCGUACUCUCAGGACCGUUUCUGCGGCGCUGGGUCUACUGCGUCUGCUUUUACGUGGGACACUUUUACUGAGAACGAAUGCUAUUCAUUCAACUCCAACAUCUUGUCUCUUCAGACUGGUACCAUUGCUGAGGGGUGCAGCGCAACUUUCUAUCGCAACAGUUUCGACUGCACAGGAGAUCAUUAUGUGGUCGAUGAUGCUGAUGGAGAUAACUGCUUUGGCCUCGGAGGGGAUAUUUUCCGAAGUUUUGUUUUCGAUUUUUGUGGAUCACAGUGA